AAAUCCCCAAUUCGCACCUCUCCUCGACCUCAAUCAUCCCCAGCCGAAAUGGAUCCGCCGCCCGCCGGCACACGGCGGCAGGCGGAGCAGUGGAUGAAAGUUGCCGAAAAGCUCCUAGUGGCGAAUGACCUCGAGGGCUGCCGGGAGUUCUGCUCCCAGGCCCUCGCCGCCGACCGCCAUACCCCGGGCGCCGAGGUUCUCCGCGCCGCCGCCGACGUCCUCCUCACCGCCCAGCGCCGCCGCAUACCCAACGGUCAGCCCGAUCCCUACGCUCUUCUCGGCAUCGACCCUGCCAACCCCGCCUCCCGCCACCCAGACGCCGUCCACUCCAGCUACCGCCGCAUCUCCCUCCUACUCAACCGAUCCCACCCGGACAGCCCCUGCUCGGCCUCCGUCGCCGAGGCUGCCCGCCUCGUCGCCGGUGCCUGGGCCUUCCUCUCCAACCCCGGACUUAAAUCCGCCCUCGACACCCAACUGGAUGCCGCCACUCCAGCUCCCACUCCCACUCCCACUCCAGCUCCGAUGCAACAGCGUCAGCCGCAGCCAUCGUCGCGUCCACGGCAGAGCACGAUUGGGGCAGCUCACCAGCCACCGCCGCCUCCACAGCCGACUCCGCUGCGAGCAGCUGCCCCGCCGCCCCUCCCACAGCAGAGCCCGAUGUGGGCAGCUCCCCAGCCACGGCCGCCUCCACAGCAAAGCCCGAUACCAGCAUUUCACCAGCCACCGCUGCCUCAGCAGUCAAGUCCGCCUCGAGCAGCUCCCCAGCCGCCAGCAAGAGCAGCUGCCCCGCCACCGCUUCCACGGCAGAGCCCGGUAAGGGCAGCUUCGCAGCUGCGGCCGCCUCCACAGGACAGCCCGAUACCGGCAGCAGCUCACCAGCCACCACCGCCUCCACAGCCGAGUCCACCGCGAGCAGCUGUCCAGCCACCCUCCGAAGCAGCACCCCAGCCAGUGGAGUCUGGCACAUCGCCUUCGUCGCCAUUCUGGACGCUCUGCAGGGCCUGCUCCCACAUUCACCAGUACGAUCGCAUCUAUGAGGCGCGCAAGCUGAAAUGCUCCAGUUGCCACCAGCCAUUUGUAGCCGAGGCAAUGGCCGAGACACCGCCAAUUGUGGCGGGCACUGACAUGUACUACUGUACCUGGGGUUUCUUCCCCGUUGGGUUCCCAGGGUGCCCUGGGUUUGAGAAUCUGGUCAAUAAGCAGCCACAGGGAGCAGAUCAGCUGGUUGCGCCAUGGCUUGGAGCCAAUGGUGGUGUGGAAGCCAACAGUGAUGCUGAUGUUCAAAAUGGGACACCUGUUAGUGCCGCGGUGGAGUUGCCAGUGGUGCUGGAACCUACACCGGAACCUUUAAUGCGCAUGAGAGUAGAAGUGCCAGCUGCGCCUUCACCCGAACCUGUAAUGCCCAAGAGAGUGGAGGUGCCAGCCGCGCCGGAACCUGUAAUGCCCACGAGAGUGGAGAUGCCAGCGGCGCCGAAACCUGUGAAGACCAUGACAGUGAACUCAGUGAAGGUAGGAGGGAAGAAGCGCGGUCGACCCAAAGGCAGCAAGAACAAGAAAGGCACCAAGAACAACAAGAAAUUAUGACUUGGUAGGCAUGAAGACGGUUGACUUGUUGUUUGUUUGUGGCAUGAUCAACUUGUUGUCGUCGACUGAAGUCUUUGAUCAGUAGGUUGUUUGCUCGUUUGCUGCUGGCAGUAUCUUCCGUGAGUAGCAUGUCAAUUUUCGUGGCGGGAGAAUUCUCUGUUUCUCGGGUAGUCUUGCUCAGUUGCUGACUUAUGCACCCUCUCUUGUCACCAAGAUUUAGAUGUUAGCUGUUGUAUGUUGUCAAAUUUCGUCACUUUCCUUAAUAAAGCUAGACCUGUGGUUCUAAGGUUAUUGGGAUUUGGUAGUACUUGAUGCUGAGCAAUGUACAUUCAAAUAAUAUGCUUUUGUAAGCUCUGCUCUGCACAGUGUUGCAGCAGUGAAUGAAGUAA